CAUCGGGAGGUGGCCGGGCAGCUAUGCAGCUCGCCGGGGCAGCGCUGUUGCUGUGCGCCGCGGCGGCCGUGGGACCCGCAGCGGGGGGCGGCGGCAAGGAGCGGCGGGCGCAGUUCGCCUCUUGGGACGAGGUGAACGUGAUCGCCCACGGGCUGCUGCAGCUCGGCCACGGCCUGAAGGAGCACGCGGACCGCACCAAGGGGCAGAUGCGGGAGCUCGGCAGCCGCCUGAGCGCCCACAACAGCUCCAUGGGGCGGCUGCUGCGGGAGGCGCAGGAGCGGGGCGAGCGGCUGCGGGCCAGCGUGCGGGAACUGGAGGGCCGCGGCCGGCAGCUCCUCAACCUCUCCGAGGCUCUGCGGCAGCGCCUGGAGGAGGUGGCGGCCGACAAAGCCGAGAUCCAGGGGCGGCUGGAGCGGCUGGAGGGGCGCGUCCGGCAGGCGCUACAGGCGCGUCCGGCCCAUAACCAGAGCGCCAAGGACCUGGGAGCGCUGCAGUCCCUGAUGGGUGUGCAGAGUUUGCGAAUCGAGGAGCUCCUGCAGAAGAUCAAGCAGCAGCAGUACAAGCUGGACAAGCAAAAUCUGCAGAUUAAAAGCCUGCAGAGCAAGGUCAAUCUGCUGAUCCCCUUACACUUGAAGGACAACAAAACGCGGUCUCUGAAAUGGAAGAUAAACCUGAAGAAGAGCCUCAGCCUCACCAACCAGAGCCAGAAUGCCAGCAGAGAGCCUGUGCUUCUGCAGAAGCUCCCAGAGGAUUGCCACCAGCUCCUCCUGGCCGGACAGCAAAGCAGUGGUGUUUACCAAGUGCAGCCUGCAGGGUCUCAGCCCUUCAAAGUCUACUGCGACAUGACCACAGAAGGUGGCUGGACAGUGAUCCAGAGGCGCACAGAUGGCUCUGUGGACUUUGACCAGCUUUGGGAUGCCUACAAGAAUGGCUUUGGAGACCUUCAUGGUGACUUCUGGCUGGGCCUGGAGAAGAUAUAUAACCUUGUCCAAGAGGGAAGACAUGACCUCCUGAUUGAGCUGGAAGACUGGGAGGGAAAUUCCCAGGUGGUUCAGUUUGUCUUCAGCCUUGGUGGGGAGAGCACUGCCUACACACUCAACCUGCUGGGAUCCCUGUCUGGAGAGCUGGAAGACGCCAUUGGGGACUUCAGGCAGCUGCCCUUCUCCACUCGAGAUCAUGACCAUGACCUCAAACCUGACACAAACUGUGCCAAACACCUCUCAGGUGGCUGGUGGUUCAGCACCUGUGGCCAUGCCAACCUCAAUGGGAAGUACUUCCAUUCCAUCCCCCGUCAGAGGCAUGAGCGCAAGCAGGGCAUCUUCUGGAAGACAUGGAAAGGCAGGUAUUACCCACUGAAGUCAACCACCAUGAAAAUCCAACCCGUAGCACUGGAAGCAGAGCCCUAAAGCUGCCACUUGAGACUUGACUUUCUCUGCAGAGCACAGGUCUGUGCUCAUCACUUGGUGUUUACAGAAAACAAACCCACUCUCUGGUAAGUGCCCCAAGGAGCGUUUCUCUUGGUUAGCAGCCCUUUAGUGGCAUGACACAGAUCCUCACUAUAAGUAAAACAGCUCCAUGUUGCUGAAACCCCUGGAUUGGAGCUCCCAAACCAGAAGAGGAGCCACCAGCAGGGAAAUCCACCUCCAGAGCAUGCACAAGGGUCUUCCAACCUGCCACUUGUUGCUGUGCCAAGUUCAAGUUGUUUGGUGCUUUCUGUCCUGUCUGAACACUUCUGUGCUGGUUUUGAUGAGCUGGGGAAGGGGAGCAUGUGAUGCGUUUCACUGCUCUGGACCCAAGUGUUUGGGUAUGGAGCCUUGCUGUGUCCUGCCUCUCACUGCUGUUCCCAAAUGAUGUCCUAUGUACCCCUUCCUGUGAAAGCCCCCAGAGCCUCCUUCCCCCCCUGGUGCCAUGGGGCAGUGAGCCUCAGCCAGCUCCAUCUGCACAGCCCCUGCUCUGGUGACUUCAGCCUGCUGAGAAUGUGGGUUUGGUGGGAAGGCUGAAGGGAUACCCUGUGCAGAAGGGGACCUUGGGCUCACUUGGCUUCCCUGGCCCCCCCCGGCUUCGAAGCCUUCUAUUUCUGGUUGUGCUGGAAUUUGCUGGGAGCUGGGAAAACCACUUCCAGCUCCAGGAGAUGGUGGGUGGGAUCCUGCAGCUCGUUGCACGAGAGCCAGAUCCUGGAUGGCUGUCUUAAGCUCUGCCUGAAGCCUCCCAGUGUUGCUGGGGGGGGUUUAGGAUGAGCACUAGGACAGCACAGGUACUGAGCAGUGACUGUCCCUGGGCAGGACCAGCCCUGCUGUCAGCUGUAAAUCCUCCUGAAGCCUGGAGGGCUGCCUUCUCCCAACAGGCUCCCUGUACUUUGCAGGGUGAAUAGCACUGUCCCAUGUGCAUGCCCCAAAACUUGCUCUAAAGGGCCAGGGGACAACAGGGUUUCCCUGUAAGAGUCAUGCUGCCUUGUUGAGCAUGUACCUUGACAUACAGCAUUGCCUCUGUGUUUGGGGUGGGUGUCUGGGGAGAGGUGAGCAAAACAGAUUCCAAAAAACUGUUAGGGGCCAAGCUGCUGUCUUGGGGCUUCCCAAGCAUCCUCCCCUAUUGAAGUCAUAUUGACUACUGUGCAAGAGCUCCUAGCUGCUAAAUAUUGUAAAUAGUAAUUUGUAGGAUGUUGGAUCUUGUCUCGGAGUUCCCUGUUUUAAUUUGUUUCCAUAUUUAAAUGCAAUGUGAAUAACAAUGUGGUGUAACUUAUAAAUGUUGAUGCUGGAAAAAAAAAGCAAUGGUAGUUUGUGUAUUUUAAACUUUUUUGUACUAAAAUAUCUUUUCUGAAGAUGUCUUUUAAUAAAAACAAGCCUGUAA